CUUUAGCCUCGGAAUCCCGUCUCACCUGGAAUGUCGGGGGACUGACUAUGGGGUUAACUCUUUGCUACAAAAUCUUACUUCCUCACUAUAUACAAGGCCCAAUUGCAAUUUGCGCUGGUGAAUAAUCUAUAAGAUGCUAUGAUCUAGCUAAAAUGAGGUCACAAGUACUCUCUCGAGCGUCCUUACGAAGGGCCGCGGGCUCUGUACUCCGCGCUCCCCGUUCUCCUAGCUUCCAACAGCCUACUCGAUUAGCUAGUAGCAUAUCGCAACGCCUAGGGUCGAGCCAUGUGUCCUUCCCUGGCGCCGUAAAAAGCGCAUUCACCAGCGAUCUUAAAUUUGUCGUGCCCUCCGAUUACCCUGCCUUAGCGACAUACCGAGUGGUCGAUCAAGAUGGCAAUAUCGUUGACGAUUCAUUCAAGCCAGAUCUUAGCGAUGAGGAAGUUAUUAAACUAUAUAGAGAUAUGUUAACCGUCUCAAUAAUGGAUCCGAUCAUGUUCGACGCGCAGCGACAGGGUCGUAUAAGCUUUUACAUGGUGUCGGCUGGGGAAGAAGCUAUUAGUGUCGGAUCUGCUUCAGCACUAGACCCGCGAGACGUUAUAUUCUGCCAAUACCGUGAGCAGGGGCUCUUCGUACAGCGUGGAUAUACCUUAAAAGACUUUAUGAACCAGCUCUUCGCAAAUAAGCACGACUUAGGGAAGGGUAGAAAUAUGCCAGUACACUACGGAAGUAAAGAGCUGAAUAUCCAUACAAUUUCAUCGCCUCUAGCUACGCAGAUACCACAAGCUGCUGGAGCUGCGUAUGCCCUUAAAAUGCAACAUAUCAAUGAUCCAACUGUACCUCCCCGCGUGGCUACUGUCUACUUUGGUGAAGGUGCUGCUAGUGAAGGAGACUUCCAUGCGGCAUUGAAUAUCGCUGCAACCCGAUCCUGUCCCGUUAUCUUUAUAUGUCGGAACAAUGGCUACUCUAUCUCAACGCCGACCUUAGAACAAUACCGAGGCGAUGGCAUUGCUAGUCGAGGGAUAGGGUACGGGAUUGACACUGUGAGAGUGGAUGGGAACGAUCUAUGGGCGGUUAGAGAGGUUAUUAAGAAAGCUAGAGAGAUGGCCCUUCAGGAUGGAGGCAAGCCAGUUCUUGUAGAGGCGAUGAGCUAUCGUGUUAGCCACCACAGCACGUCCGAUGAUUCUUUUGCAUAUCGAGCACGAGUAGAGGUUGAAGAUUGGAAACGCCGGGACAACCCUGUUGCGAGGCUACGGAAGUACAUGGAGGCAAAGGGAUUCUGGGACGAGUCCAAAGAGAAAGAAGCUCGGGAAAGCAUCAGGCGGGAUGUGCUGAAGGCAUUCUCGGAGGCAGAACGAGAGAAGAAGCCACCUAUCCGGACUAUGUUUGAAGAUGUUUACGAGGAGCUGACCCCCGAUCUGAAGGCCCAAAUGGAGCAGCUGAAACUCCAUCUUGAGAAGUACCCAGACGAGUACGAUUUUGCCGAAUAUGAAGACGGCAUUAACAGCUUAAAGUCAUGAGUAAAUUACCACGAUUGGGGAGAUACCCUUCAAUAUAAGGAGAAGAAGCAUCUGUAUCUAAUUGGGAGGCUACAAAUACAUUUCUCGUAACUAGAUUUUGAAAUACCAUGGAAUUGCAAAGAACAUACAAGAAUGACUA